CCCUACACCUCCACGCCGACGACGUAUAGAUCUCCCUAAAUUUUAGCUGGACUCAAUCCCCGGCCGCGGGAGGGUCCAUCGCUGGCGUAUACUGAUUUAUAGGUUAGUCGGUUUUCGGAACCCGACCCGGAACACGCUCACACACGAACGAGAACCAUGUCCGCGUACGACUGGCAUUCGCAACAACAGCAGCAGCAGCAGUUCGCCGUCACCGAUACUCAUCUACCCGAAGUCAAAGGUGCUGGUAAAAGGUCUAGGCAAACGUAUUCCAAAUACCAAACGGCCGUGCUGGAGACGGUGUUCCAAACCUCCAGGUAUAUCGUGCGGAACAAGAGGCAGCAGAUGUCGGCUGAGCUGAGCCUUACCGAGCGACAGAUAAAGAUAUGGUUCCAGAACAGGCGGAUGAAAGAGAAGAAAUGCCACAAGGAAGCACCGCGGAUCGUCGUAGAUGGACAUAUGCCUCGGCUUCAGAGUGAGAGCUGUCCAGCGGUCGGCUAUCCUGAAGACUAUAACAGCGCUGUCGAGCUCGCCGACGACCUGCAGGACGACGACGUUUUCGCUAAUGGUUAUCACUCUACAGUGUCCAAACUCCAACCGGCUAACAGUGGUAGUGGUUAUGCCGUUUACGGUGGAUACGAUUUGCUGACACCCGACCCGUACGACCAACGAAUGACAAAACAACAGUGUUGGCCUGCUCAUACCGUUGACUUCCAUCAAGACUUAUACGACGAUCAUGAUUCAAGCCAUUUUCAAAGACUGCCGACGACUCACCACCACUAUCCGUUGAAUUCGCAAGUACAAGACUACGGUCCGCCACAGCUGCAGGCUGCACAUGGUUAUUGACGGUGGUCAUUUUACGAUACGAGUAUAAUAAUACUAUGCAGUUCGGCCGAUAUAUUCAUAGUUGUAUAAUAUCGUUCGACUGCUGCAUGGUGAUAAAAUUCUAGUCAAUUCACAAAAAGGUGCUGUCCAGUUGAUAAGAGUAUUGCGUAAGAGGGCCCAAUCAUAAUAAUAUUAUACCAUAUUAUACCCUUUCGGAUCAGACCACCCACAUACGGCCACCGGAUGAAACUGCAUCUACUAUGUAUUAUAUACGCGGUCCUAAUCUAACAUAACAUGUGAAAUGUGAAUCAUUCAUUAUUAUUAUUAUUAUUAUUUAAAUAUACAAUUAUAAUCAAAAUUAUAAUAUAUCGUACGUUAGUAUUAUUAUAGUAUAUAUUUAUGCAUGUGUACCUCUAUAUUUUUA